GCGAAAGAUUCAAACAGAACCGACGGACGGCAACGAGAAGGACAGAUCCGCGUUUGUCACAUCAGUCUCGAUUGAUUCGCGAUUUGGCGCAGUUCAGUUUGGCGAGAUUUCAGUUUGUGUUUUCGUCCGUCGAAGAGAGAGGCCACCGCUGCACGGUACUUCUUUCUCCCUCGUAACCAUACGCAACCAUUCAUAUGUUUUGGUGUGCUGAGAACGGCAAGAACCACGUGAUUUCGCUCCCGCAACCGUUGUAAACAUACGAGUAGAAGAGAGCGUUUAAAUUAGCGUUCUCAUCCAGAAGUAGUGAAGAAACAAGAGAACGAGAGCCGCCCCGCACUAAAACCGCAAUCAUGUCGCUCAGUCUACUUUUGAACGUCACUUCGAAGAGUGGCACGGCUGGAAGUUGUCUGGCGUCCACCCUCGGCAGUAGAAACAGAAGCGUUGGUCAGAUAUCAACAUUGCUGCUAUCAUCAUCGCCUCAACCGAGCAGUAUCUCGAGUCCGUCGAAUCAGAAGCAGCAACGAUCGGCAGCUGGAACUAGAACCAUGACGACGUCCGCCUGCACCUACAAACCCUGCGUCACGAUUGACAACAUCAAUCCGGCGAUUAAGGUGAUGGAAUAUGCUGUUCGUGGACCGCUGGUUAUCCGGGCUGGUGCCAUCGAGAAGGAACUGGAACAGGGAGCGAAAAAACCUUUCAAGGAAGUCAUCCGGGCCAACAUUGGCGACUGUCAUGCCAUGGGCCAACAACCGAUCACCAUCAUCCGGCAGGUACUCGGAUUGGUGUCAUACCCGCCGCUCUUCAACGACAAAUCGAUUCCGGAAGAUGCCAAACAACGGGCCCGUGCGAUUCUGGAUGGCUGCAAGGGUGGUUCCAUCGGUUCCUACACGGAAUCGUCCGGCAUCGAGAUCAUUCGUCGCCACGUGGCUCAGUACAUCCAGGACCGGGACGGUGGAAUUCCGUCGGACUACAACAAUAUCAUUCUGUCGGCAGGCGCUUCCGGUGGCAUUAAGGUGCUGAUGUCACUGCUCCGGUGCCCGAUCGAUGGCAAAAAGCCGGGUGUGAUGAUUCCCAUUCCCCAGUAUCCGCUCUAUUCGGCUACGAUUUCCGAGCUGGACAUGGCACAGAUUGGCUACUAUCUGGAUGAGGAUAACAACUGGGCUUUGAACAUCUCGGAGCUGAGCCGCUCGCUGAAUGAAGCGAAAAAAACGUGUGCCCCACGUCUCCUGUGUGUCAUCAAUCCGGGCAACCCGACUGGACAGGUACUUUCGCGACAGAACAUCGAAGACAUCAUCAAAUUUGCCCACAAAGAAAAGCUGGUUCUUUUCGCCGAUGAGGUUUACCAGGAUAAUAUCUACGAGAAGGGUUCCAAGUUCCACUCGUUCAAGAAAGUGAUGAUGGAGAUGGGUGCCCCGUACAACGAGAUGGAACUGUGCAGCUUUAUGUCCUGCUCGAAGUGCUACAUGGGCGAGUGUGGCAUCCGUGGCGGAUACGCCGAGGUGGUCAAUCUAUGCCCGGACGUCAAAGCCAUGCUACUCAAAUGUAUCUCGGCUCAGCUGUGUCCCACCACCGUCGGGCAGGCCUGCAUGGAUGUGGUCGUCAAUCCACCGAAACCGGGCGAACCGUCGUACGAGUUGUUCAACAAGGAAAAAUCGGCCGUCCUAAAGUCACUCAAGGAACGUGCCGAAAUGGUGGCCGAAGCGUUCAACUCGUUCGAGGGUUUCUCCUGUAAUCCCGUGCAGGGAGCGAUGUAUGCCUUCCCCCAGAUCCGACUGCCCCCGAAGGCCAUCGAGGCCGCCAAAAAGGCCGGCCAGGCCCCCGACGUUUUCUAUGCAUUCCAGCUGUUGGAGCAAACGGGUAUUUGCAUUGUUCCCGGAUCCGGCUUUGGUCAACGUCCCGGCACCUAUCAUUUCCGUACUACGAUUCUGCCGCAGCCCGCAAAACUAAAGGAGAUGCUUGGAAUGUUCAAAUCCUACCACGAGCAGUUUGUGAAGCAGUACUCAUAAACGACCAGCAAAUCAGACCAGAGAUUUCAGUCAUCUUUUUAUACAAAAAAAAACACGCAAACAACAGUAGCACAUCAUUCGGCAAUGCUCACCCCUCAACCGCGCAUAGCUGUCGAAAACGUUGGUAACCGGAAAAAAAAGUCCAUCACUCCGGUUCCUACGACUUAUUUUUUAUCAACUGACCAAUAUUUGAUCGCACGGCACCCCAUUCUCCAUUGCAGAAGAAAAGGCCAUCGAUUGGAGAACGCGGAUCAUUAGGAUCGGGCCGUGAUCGGUUGAUGUUCAAAUCGGGGCUCACAUCAUAAACCUACAACACAUCAGAAGCAAUCAAAUUGCAUAUAAUUUGUUCGUUACUAGAUUCUAGAAGAAGAGAUAGUUUUAUCCCAUACUAUUCAUGUAUAAUCGUCAGAAUGCCCGUUCGUUAUAUGUUCAGCUUUGUUUUAAUAUUUCCAUUUUGAAACGAUUGGCAACUAUACAAACAAAAGGCAAAAAAAGACAAUAAUUUUUCGUUUAGUAUUGGAUGUCCGUACUGUAUCCGGGGAUUGGCUAGCCAAGUAUUGCUUUAUUUUAGUGUGGUAUAAAUCGUGCCAUAUUCACGCCACGCCACUGUUGUCGAUGUCCUGUUUCAAACUCGUUAUGUAAAAUUAUGUCCGGCUGUAAUUAUUUCUGUAUGCAGAGAAAAACCUAAAGCUCGGACCCUAUUAUACUUAAUAAAACAAAAGUUUUUAUUCUGGCUGUUGUAAAACAUACUCUUUAAACUGUAAAAUAUAUGCAUGUAAAAAGAA